UCUUCCUUGACCAGGAGGGUGUUUGGUGCUUGCAGGGAGCUGAUGGUGUGAAGAGAGGAGCAGCUGGCCUUUCCCGGGAGCCCUGGCACUUCCAGCGAGGCAGCACCAUGCUGGCUCCAAAGAAAGGCCUCCUGUGCAACCUCAACCACAUCCACCUGCAGCACAUCUCCCUGGGGCUGCACCUCUCCCGGCACCCCGAGCUCCAGGAUGGUUCCACGGCUGGGGGAGAGCAGACCGGCUGCACCCAGUGCCCGGAGAACCGUGAGCCAGUGGAUGCCAAUUCCAACAAUCCCUCGGUGAAAUGCCGCUGCUGUGAGUCCCACGCUCCAGAGCCGGAGACGCUCGGGCUCCAGAACCAAGAGGAUUUCCCCUCCCUGCACAGCGGAGACGAGGAGGAGGCAGCUUCCCCUUGUGAUCCCCCUUGUGAUCUGGCUUCUUCCUCCUCCUCCUCCUCCUCCUCUGUCAGUAGCUGCUCGGAUUUCAGCUUGGAUGACUCCCCGGUCUCGGUGUACUGCAAGGAGUUCGCCAGAGCAGAGUCCCAGUCCCCUGACAAGCAGCUGAACGUCAUUCCCACAGAAAACGCCUGGGAUGGAGAGUCUCUGGCUGAUGGAGAGUGUCUGGCUGAGCAGGACAGGACGUGCCUUGGGAGAGAUGCCAACCACAACUCCCCGGUGCCCCUGAGAGCCACCACCAGCAAGAGCCCAGACAGCCUCUGCAGCAACAACUCGCUCGACUCCCACUGCGACGAGCUCUCUCCCAGCACAGCAGCACGGGAGACCACCGGCCCCUGCGCUGAGCUAGACCCCAACUGCAACCCCCUCCCCGAGCCCGGUGCCGCGCCUCCAGCACCGCCGCCUGUGCCGGAACGGCGGGAUCCCGGCAUCCCGAGCAGCGCCCCGGGGCCGCGGCCCCGGCCCGGCGGCCUCCCCCCGCCCGUGCCCCCUCGUCCCCGGCGGCGGCUGCAGGUCCUGAACGCGCACAGAGCCGAGCAGCCGCUCGGGCCAGCGCGGCCGCCAGAGCCCAAGGCCGGCCCAGGUGAGCUCUGCAGAGACACGGGCACGAAGACCAUCACCUCCUUCCACGAGCUGGCCCAGAGGAGGAAGAGGAACGUGGCUGGGCCCACGCUCGCCCAGGCCAGGGUUGACCGCAGUGACUGGCUGAUCGUGUUCUCGCCUGACACGGAGCUGCCCCCCACCAGCGAGCUCCUCUCCGGCACCGUGGGCCAGGAGCCAGCCCGGCCCCAGCCCCAGCCCCAGCCCCAGCCCCAGCCGCAGCAGGAUGGGCCAGCCAGGCCUCCGGGCUUGAGGCAGCGAGAGGUGACGACGUUCAAGGAGCUGCGGUCCCGCAGUGCCGCCAGGCAGCCCAAGGGCCAGCGGGCAGAGCCGGCGCAGCAUCCCCCUGUGCCCCCGGGGACGGGCGCGGGCUGGGGGCCCCCCGCGUCCCUGGCGGGGGGACAGGCGCAGGCACCCAGCGACGGCCACCAGCUGAGAAGGAGACCCCGGCCGAGCCUGCAGCCCAUCGCGGAGGGGCAGCCGAGGGAUGUGGAGAACGGGGGGCUGCCCCCGGGGGAAAAGGGGCUGGGCACCGCCCCGCUCCGGAGGCCCGGGGGUCCCGCCGGGGACCCCGCGGUGCCACGGGAGGCCCAGAGAGGAGACGAGACCCGCACGGGGGCCAGGCCCGAGCCGCUCGCCCCUGGAGCCGCCGCUGGAGCCGCCGCUGGAGCCGCCCGGCCCGGCGGGGGAAGAGCGGAAGGGCCCCAUGGCGAGCAAGCGAAAGCGCUGCUGGUCGCCAUCAGCUCCGCUGUGGACAAGGUCAUCGCCCACUUCAGCACCGCACGGAACCUGGUGCAGAAGGCCCAGCUGGGGGACAGCCGGCUCAACCCCGACGUGGGCUACCUGCUGCUGCACACCCUGUGCCCUGCGCUCUACGCCUUGGUGGAGGACGGGCUGAAGCCGUUCCAGAAGGACGUUAUCACAGGCCAGAGGAAAAACUCCCCCUGGAGCGUGGUGGAAGCCUCUGUGAAAACAGGCCCCAACACCCGCUCCCUGCACUCCCUGUGCUGGCACGUGGCCGGGCUGGCCCCCCUCAGCAGCACCAGGCAGAAGUUCCACGCCUUCAUCCUCGGCCUUCUGAACAUUAAACAGCUGGAGUUGUGGAUAUCUCACCUGCAGAAGAGCCCAGGUGUGAUCUCCGUGCUUUACUCACCCACGGCCUUCUUUGCCCUGAGCCAAGGCCCUCUUCCCCACCUGGCUGACGAACUUCUGCUGCUCAUCCAGCCCCUCUCGGUGCUGACUUUCCACCUGGACUUGCUCUUUGAACACCACCACCUCUCCGUGGACAUCCGGCCCUUGUCGCGCCGCUUGGAGUCCCCGCUGUCCCCCGGCCGUCGCCCCGUCCCGGAGCGGGGGGCCGCGUCUCUGGGGGGCCAGAGCGGUGCUGCAGGGGACAGCCUGGAGGAUGAGACCCCCCCCGAUGCUCUGGGCAGGGUGGGGGGCACAGGGGGCAGCACAAGGGUCCGGUCCCAAGCGACCAUGGGUGGGCUGCUCCCAACCCCCCCAGUGGGGGCUGCUCUGCACCAAACCUUCCAGCACGUGCUGCGCUGGGGCGACCAGCUCAGCCGCGCCUUGCUGGGGUCUGACACCCCCCCAGAGAGUCACGGGCCUGAGGAGGGCACUGGGGGUGCUGGGGCUGGCCUCAGUGGCUGGUGGGGCCAGCUGAGCCAGAGUUCCAGGAUUUACACUGCUCCUAGCAAGGAAAAGUUCCCCUCGGUCUGGUGGACGAAGCUGCGGGCGGCCGCGGGGGAUCCCAGCCCUGGCCAGGCUGGGCAAUCCCAAACUCCCAUGAGUGAGCCCAGAGGCACGGAGCUGCAGCUCCUUCAGACCAAAGCUGUCCCUGAACGCUCCGGCCCAAAGCCCAGCAGCAGCACUGACACCUCAGGGACCUCUUCCCCUGAAGACCUCUUCUUGCCCACUGGAACUGGAGCGUUCACCAAGCUGGAUGAUCCCACUGCUGGAAAGAACCUCCUGGCUGCUUCCCCAGAGCCUCCUGCCAGCAGGAACCAGGCAGCACCUUCUGGCCCAGAGAUGGGUGAUCCUCCUGGUCCUGGCAAGGGCAGCUGGCUGGGCUGGCUCUUCGGGGCCACCAACCCCUCGUCCAGGAGCUUCCCCGCCAGCCCUGACACCGUCUUGGCCAGGUCCAGGCGGCCGUCCCGCUGGCUGGCCCCCAGCCCGCGCGUCCUGGCCGGGGCGGUGAAGGGUCUGGCGUCCGACAGGAGCCGCGCUCCGGAGCAGCCGGGCAGGGGCGCGCCCGCCCUGCCCCCGGCCCGCAGGGCAGUUCGGGCGCUGUGUGACCACACGGGCACUGCCGACGGGCACCUGAGCUUCCAAAAAGGGGACGUCCUGGAGCUUCUCUCCACUGUGGAUGAAGACUGGAUCCGCUGCUGCCAUGGAAACAGCACCGGCCUUGUUCCUGUUGGUUACACGUCCCUGAUUUUGUGAGGGAGGCGGAAGGGACCUGAGGAAGCGGCUGAGCUCGCCGGAGCGGGUGCCAGCUCCGGGAGGGGAUGUCUCCUGCCACGGCUUUGCCACCUCCAGAGCUUCACCACCUCCGGGGCUGGCAGCUCCCAGGGGACCCUGCCUUGUGCCUGUCACUGCUGCAUGACAUCACCGUCUGCCACCGUGUCCCACUCUCUGCCACCGUGUCCCCCGGACCCGCUGGCACUGAGCCGCGGCUCCUCUUUGGGAGCUCGGGGUUCCUCUGCUGCUGCCCACGCCUGUGCCAGGGCCGGGCCGGCUCCUUUCCCUGCCCCGUGUCGCCUCCGUGCCGUCGUGUCCUGCCACCGCUGCCACCUCCACGUGCCCAGCCCUGCCCCGGGGCCGGUGGCCCGGGCCGGUCCCCGCCGCGCAGUCCCAGCACUCUGUAAAUAGUCGUAACCACAGGAAUGAGCUCGUUCCACGGGGGAAAAAAAGCUGGAAAUAAAGGUUGUGACUCACG